ACCAGCAAUUCAGCACAAACAAAGCGAUACAGGAUAUUAUUUACACGUUAAAACAAUAAAAAACAAAUUGGAACAUAAAACAAGAGAAAUAAAGUUGUUACUACAAUUUCCUCUCGCCACACAUGGAUCAUGAAAGUCGUCGUUAUUGCAAUCCUGAAUAUUUUGAUAGCUAUAGAAGCGAAGCACAAGUCUUCAAGUUCUGAUGUCUCCAGUGGGGACAGUAAGCAGGACCUGACUGCAGAAGGCAGCUCCGUCGCAGGCUCAGACUACCACGAUGAUGACCAAGACAUGCAGCAUAUACACAAACGCGGUACGAAAGUAUCAAGAGUACAUUUCGAAUCAAGAAGGUGGCACAGAAGUUGUGUAAGAAAAGCAAGUAAAAUGUGCACCAAAGCAUGCGAAAGGGCUUACAAAACUGUAUGUAAAAGACGUAAGUGCUCAAAAAGGUCGAAAAGGACACUGAAAAAAGAAUGCAAGAAGAGUUGUUCUAAGAAUUUUGAAUCUGAUAGAAAUAGACCUUCGUAUGAGGAGUAGGAUGUAUAGAUACACGUUUGUUUGUUAAUUAUUAUGUUGUAUAAUAGGUGGUGAAUAAAUUUAAUUAAUAUUUGA